AUGUUGACCAGCAUGGCUCGUCGACCACCAACUCAUGUUCAUCACAUGAAUGGCCUGCAUCAUCAACCAUAUCAUUCGAAACCGAGCAAUGAUGACGAAGAUGAUAACGAAGAAGAACGUGAUGCUCGACGUGCUCGUUCACGGAUUUUAGCGAAUAAAUUAUCUGAAUCCUUAUUACAUCGUUCUGCAUCAUCAUCAUCAUCGACAGCAGUGAAUAAAGAAGAUUCGAUUGAACAACGUAUUAAGACUGCAAUCGAUAUCUGUGAUAUCGAUACUCUGCGGCAAAUCUAUUGUCAAUCAGCAUGUCCGAUAUCCAUUGAACGUUGUUUCAAAUCCGGCGGUUGGACAGCGUUGAUUCACGCUGCGUACUCGUGUCACUUAUCUCUAGUGACGUUGUUUGUCUUGGAGCUUCAUGCAGAUGUGAACAGUCAAAGUUUAGAUCGAAUGACUCCAUUAAUGGCCUGUUGUAUGUCAUCGCAUUCGAAAAGCGCAACGGCAAAUGGUAAUGAAGAGCAACUCGCCAUAUGUCGAUUUUUACUUGAACACGGUGCGCAAAUUGAACUCUCGUCUGAACUAACAGACGAAAAAAGCAUGACCCCUUUGAUGUUAGCUGCGCGUUUUGGUUGUUCACCACCGUUAAUAUAUCUAUUAGUUGAGUACGGGGCAAAAAUUGAUCGACGUGAUGCGAAAGGAUGGUGUCCUCUAAUCAUGGCAACUCAACAUGGUCAUUUAGGUUCGGUAGAAGCUUUAAUACGUUCUGGUGCUGAUCCGAAGUCAACUACAAAUAAUGGUUUAACGGCGCUCGAUAUCGCUCGACAUUUAAAACACGAGACGAUUGUUCAAUUUCUUCUCGCGCAACAAACCGAAUCAACACUGCUUUCUCUUCCUCCGCUCUCGUCAUCUUCUAGUCCGACUUCAUCAUCGCUUGAUGAAUAUCAGCCAACAACACCUCCAAAUGAAAAAAUCUCUCUCGAACACGAAUCUGAUGUUCGACUAUCAUCUGAUCUACAAACGAAUGAACAGUCUUGGAAAUCAAUGGCCUACAUGGGCGUAGCGACAGCAAUCGGCGGUGCGCUUCUCUUCAGUUUGGUGUAUAUGCGACGAUAA